UCCUCCACGCAGUUCCAUCUACGCCGCGGGUGCCUCUGUCGUCCCCAGAGGUCUCCGACCCCAACUCGCCCCCAGCCCACCCGUCCAGCCUUCGGCCCCCUCCUCUUAGCCACCGACCUCAGCCCCAGCACCUCUGGCCUCGACAUCAUGGGUGACGGAGGAGAGGGCGAGGAUGAGGUCCAGUUUCUGCGGACGGACGACGAGAUGGUCCUGCAGUGCAGCGCCAUGGUGCUCAAGGAGCAGCUCAAGCUCUGCCUGGCUGCCGAGGGCUUCGGCAACCGCCUCUGCUUCCUGGAGCCCACCAGCAAUGCCCAGAAUGUGCCCCCCGAUCUGGCCAUCUGUUGCUUCGUCCUGGAGCAGUCCCUGUCCGUCCGAGCCCUGCAGGAGAUGCUGGCCAACACCUUGGAGGCCGGCGUGGAGGCCCUCAAUUUGGAUAAGUGGUCGUCCCAGGGUGGGGGACACAGGACACUCCUGUAUGGCCAUGCCAUCCUGCUCCGGCACUCGCACAGCGGCAUGUACCUGAGCUGCCUCACCACCUCCCGCUCCAUGACUGACAAGCUGGCCUUCGACGUGGGACUGCAGGAGGACGCAACAGGAGAGGCCUGUUGGUGGACGACACACCCGGCCUCCAAGCAGAGGUCGGAAGGAGAGAAGGUCCGAGUUGGGGAUGACCUCAUCCUCGUCAGCGUCUCCUCUGAGCGCUACCUGCACCUGUCGACGGCCAGUGGGGAGCUCCAGGUUGACGCCUCCUUCAUGCAGACACUGUGGAACAUGAACCCCAUCUGCUCUGGCUGCGAAGAGGGCUAUGUGACCGGGGGCCACGUCCUCCGCCUCUUUCAUGGACACAUGGAUGAAUGUCUGACCAUUUCUCCUGCUGACAGUGAUGACCAGCGCAGACUUGUCUACUAUGAGGGGGGAUCUGUGUGCACCCACGCCCGCUCCCUCUGGAGACUGGAGCCACUGAGAAUCAGCUGGAGUGGGAGCCACCUGCGCUGGGGCCAGCCACUCCGCAUCCGGCAUGUCACCACCGGGCGGUACUUGGCACUCAUUGAGGACCAGGGCCUAGUGGUGGUUGACGCCAGCAAGGCCCACACCAAGGCCACUUCCUUCUGCUUCCGAAUCUCCAAGGAGAAGCUGGAUACGGCCCCCAAGCGGGAUGUGGAGGGCAUGGGCCCCCCUGAAAUCAAAUAUGGGGAGUCCCUGUGCUUUGUGCAGCACGUGGCCUCAGGCCUGUGGCUCACCUAUGCUGCCCCGGACCCCAAGGCCCUGCGGCUCGGCGUGCUCAAGAAGAAGGCCAUUCUGCACCAGGAAGGCCACAUGGACGACGCACUGUCACUGACCCGCUGUCAGCAGGAGGAGUCCCAGGCCGCCCGCAUGAUCUACAGCACUGGCGGCCUCUACAACCACUUCAUCAAGGGCCUGGACAGCUUCAGCGGAAAGCCGAGGGGCUCGGGGUCUCCGGCUGGCACAGCACUGCCUCUCGAGGGCGUCAUCCUGAGCCUGCAGGACCUCAUCGGCUACUUCGAGCCACCCUCCGAGGAGCUGCAGCACGAGGAGAAGCAGGGCAAGCUGCGCAGCCUGCGCAACCGCCAGAGCCUCUUCCAGGAGGAGGGGAUGCUCUCCCUGGUCCUGAACUGCAUCGACCGCCUAAAUGUUUACACCACUGCUGCCCACUUUGCCGAAUUUGCCGGGGAGGAGGCAGCCGAGUCCUGGAAAGAGAUUGUGAACCUGCUCUAUGAAAUCCUGGCCUCUCUGAUCCGUGGCAAUCGUGCCAACUGUGCCCUCUUCUCCAACAACCUGGAUUGGCUGGUCAGCAAGCUGGAUCGGCUGGAGGCCUCCUCAGGGAUCCUGGAGGUGCUGUACUGUGUCCUGAUUGAGAGUCCCGAGGUCCUGAACAUCAUCCAGGAGAACCACAUCAAGUCCAUCAUCUCCCUCCUGGACAAGCAUGGGAGGAACCACAAGGUGCUGGACGUGCUGUGUUCCCUGUGUGUGUGCAAUGGCGUGGCCGUGCGCUCCAACCAAGAUCUCAUUACUGAGAACUUGCUCCCUGGCCGCGAGCUUCUGCUGCAGACAAACCUCAUCAACUUUGUCACCAGCAUCCGCCCCAACAUUUUUGUGGGCCGAGCAGAGGGCUCCACGCAGUACCUCAAAUGGUACUUUGAGGUGAUGGUGGACGAGGUGGCUCCAUUCCUGACAGCUCAGGCCACCCACCUGCGGGUGGGCUGGGCCCUCACUGAGGGCUACAGCCCGUACCCUGGGGGCGGCGAGGGCUGGGGCGGCAACGGGGUCGGCGAUGACCUCUAUUCCUACGGCUUUGAUGGGCUACAUCUCUGGACAGGACACGUGCCACGCCUGGUGACUUCCCCAGGGCAGCACCUCCUGGCCCCCGAGGACGUGGUCAGCUGCUGCCUGGACCUCAGCGUGCCGUCCAUCUCCUUCCGCAUCAAUGGCUGUCCUGUGCAGGGUGUCUUCGAGGCCUUCAACCUUGAUGGGCUCUUCUUCCCCGUUGUCAGCUUCUCAGCUGGUGUCAAGGUGCGGUUCCUCCUUGGUGGCCGCCAUGGCGAAUUCAAGUUCCUCCCUCCGCCUGGCUAUGCCCCUUGUCAUGAGGCUGUGCUCCCGCGAGAGCGACUCCAUCUGGAGCCCAUCAAGGAGUAUCGGCGGGAAGGGCCCCGGGGGCCCCACCUGGUGGGCCCCAGCCGCUGCCUCUCACACACCGACUUUGUACCCUGCCCUGUGGACACUGUCCAGAUUGUCCUGCCUCCCCAUCUGGAGGGUAUUCGGGAGAAACUGGCGGAGAACAUCCAUGAACUCUGGGCGCUGACUCGCAUUGAGCAGGGCUGGACCUACGGCCCGGUUCGGGAUGACAAUAAGAGGCUGCACCCGUGUCUCGUGGACUUCCACAGCCUGCCGGAGCCCGAGAGGAAUUACAACCUGCAGAUGUCGGGGGAGACGCUCAAGACCCUGCUGGCGCUGGGCUGCCACGUGGGCAUGGCGGACGAGAAGGCGGAAGACAACCUGAAGAAGACAAAACUCCCCAAGACGUACAUGAUGAGCAAUGGGUACAAGCCGGCGCCUCUGGACCUGAGCCACGUGAGACUGACGCCCGCGCAGACGAUGCUGGUGGACCGGCUGGCGGAGAACGGACACAAUGUGUGGGCACGAGACCGAGUGGCCCAGGGCUGGACCUACAGCUCUGUGCAGGACAUCCCUGCACGCCGGAACCCUCGCCUUGUGCCCUACCGCCUGCUGGACGAGGCCACCAAGCGCAGCAACCGGGACAGCCUCUGCCAGGCCGUGCGCACCCUGCUGGGCUACGGCUACAACAUUGAGCCGCCCGACCAGGAGCCCAGUCUGGUGGAGAGCCAGUCUCGCUGGGACCGGGUGCGCAUCUUCAGGGCAGAGAAAUCCUAUGUGGUGCAGAGCGGCCGCUGGUACUUCGAGUUUGAGGCAGUCACCACCGGCGAGAUGCGAGUGGGCUGGGCGAGGCCUGAGCUGCGGCCUGACGUGGAGCUGGGAGCUGAUGAGCUGGCCUAUGUCUUCAAUGGGCACCGCGGUCAGCGCUGGCACUUGGGCAGUGAACCGUUUGGGCGUCCCUGGCAGUCAGGUGAUGUCGUGGGCUGCAUGAUCGACCUCACAGAGAACACCAUUAUCUUCACCCUCAACGGCGAGGUCCUCAUGUCCGAUUCAGGCUCUGAAACAGCCUUCCGGGAUAUUGAGAUUGGGGAUGGCUUCCUGCCCGUCUGCAGCUUGGGACCUGGCCAGGUGGGUCACCUGAACCUGGGCCAGGAUGUGAGCUCCCUGCGGUUCUUUACCAUCUGUGGCCUCCAGGAAGGUUUUGAGCCAUUUGCCAUCAACAUGCAGCGCCCGGUCACUACCUGGUUCAGCAAAAGCCUUCCCCAGUUUCAGGCCACGCCCCCUGAGCAUCCCCACUAUGAGGUGACUCGUGUGGACGGCACCGUGGACACACCCCCCUGCCUGCGCCUGACCCACCGCACGUGGGGCUCCCAGAACAGUCUGGUGGAGAUGCUGUUUCUCCGGCUGAGCCUUCCGGUCCAGUUCCACCAGCACUUCCGCUGCACCGCAGGGGCCACCCCUCUGGCACCCCCCGGCCUGCAGCCUCCUGCUGAGGAUGAGGCCCGGGCAGCGGAGCCUGAUCCCGACUAUGAGAACCUGCGCCGCUCAGCUGGGCACUGGGGCGAGGCUGAGGGGGGCAAAGAAGGAACUGCCAAGGAAGGGUCACCCGGGGGCACCGCCCAGGCUGGGGUAGAGGCCCAGCCUCCCAGGGCAGAGAAUGAGAAGGAUGCUACCACGGAGAAGAACAAGAAGAGAGGGUUCUUGUUCAAGGCCAAGAAGGCCGCCAUGAUGACCCAGCCACCAGCCACCCCGACUCUGCCCCGACUCCCUCGCGAGGUGAUGCCUGCUGACGACCGUGAUGACCCUGAGAUCAUCCUCAAUACCACCACGUACUAUUACUCCGUGAGGGUCUUUGCCGGCCAGGAGCCCAGCUGCGUGUGGGUGGGCUGGGUCACCCCGGACUACCAUCAGCACGACAUGAACUUCGACCUCAGCAAGGUCCGGGUGGUGACGGUGACCAUGGGGGAUGAGCAAGGCAACAUCCACAGCAGCCUCAAGUGCAGCAACUGCUACAUGGUGUGGGGUGGAGACUUCGUGAGCCCCGGGCAGCAGGGCCGGAUCAGCCACACGGACCUUGUCAUUGGCUGCCUGGUGGACUUGGCCACUGGCCUGAUGACCUUUACUGCCAACGGCAAAGAGAGCAACACCUUUUUCCAGGUGGAACCCAAUACAAAGCUGUUUCCUGCUGUGUUUGUCCUGCCGACACACCAGAACGUCAUCCAGUUUGAGCUGGGGAAGCAGAAGAACAUCAUGCCGCUGUCGGCCGCCAUGUUUCUGAGCGAGCGCAAGAACCCCACCCCACAGUGCCCGCCGCGGCUUGAGGUGCAGAUGCUGAUGCCCGUGUCGUGGAGCCGCAUGCCCAACCACUUCCUGCAGGUGGACACGCGGCGUGCGGGCGAGCGGCUGGGCUGGGCUGUGCAGUGCCAGGAGCCGCUGACCAUGAUGGCGCUGCACAUCCCCGAGGAGAACAGAUGCAUGGACAUCCUGGAGCUGUCGGAGCGCUUGGACCUGCAGCGCUUCCACUCGCACACCCUCCGCCUCUACUGCGCCGUGUGCGCCCUGGGCAACAACCGCGUGGCACAUGCUCUGUGCAGCCACGUGGACCAGGCACAGCUGCUGCACGCCCUGGAAGACGCGCAUCUGCCUGGCCCCCUGCGUGCAGGCUACUACGACCUCCUCAUCAGCAUCCAUCUCGAGAGUGCCUGCCGCAGCCGCCGCUCCAUGCUCUCUGAGUACAUUGUGCCCCUCACUCCUGAGACCCGUGCCAUCACCCUCUUCCCGCCUGGAAAAAGGGCAGAUAAUGGUCCCCGCCGCUACAGCCUUCCUGGUGUCGGCGUCACCACCUCGCUGCGGCCUCCACACCAUUUCUUAGCUCCCUGUUUUGUGGCUGCCCUGCCAGCUGCUGGGGCGGCAGAAGCUCCAUCCCGUCUCAGCCCCAGCAUCCCUCUGGAGGCUCUUCGGGACAAAGCACUAAGAAUGCUGGGGGAGGCAGUGCGAGACGGUGGGCAGCACGCACGCGACCCUGUCGGGGGCUCCGUGGAGUUCCAGUUUGUGCCCGUGCUCAAGCUUGUGUCCACCCUGCUGGUGAUGGGUAUCUUUGGCGAUGAGGAUGUGAAACAGAUCUUAAAGAUGAUUGAGCCUGAAGUGUUCACCGAGGAAGAGGAGGACGAGGAGGACGAGGAGGACGAGGAGGAGAAGGAGGAGGACGAGGAGGAAGAGGCACAGGAGAAGGAAGAUGCAGAACAAGAGGAAGAGGAGGCGGCAGAAGGGGACAAAGAAGAAGACUUGGAGGAGGGGCUGCUGCAGAUGAAGCUGCCGGAGUCUGUUAAGUUACAGAUGUGUCACCUGCUGGAGUAUUUCUGUGACCAAGAGCUGCAGCACCGUGUAGAGUCUCUUGCAGCCUUUGCAGAGCGCUACGUGGACAAGCUCCAGGCCAACCAGAGGGACCGCUACAGCAUCCUUGUGAAAGCCUUCACCAUGACUGCAGCUGAGACUGCCCGACGUACUCGCGAGUUCCGCUCCCCACCCCAGGAGCAGAUCAACAUGCUAUUGCACUUCAAAGAUGCUGACGACGAGGAAGAUUGUCCUGUCCCUGAAGAGAUCCGACAGGAUUUGCUCGAAUUUCAUCAAGACCUGCUGACACACUGUGGAAUUCAGCUGGCGGGGGAGGAGGAAGAACCAGAGGAAGAAGCCACCCUGGGCAGCCGCCUGAUGAGCCUGUUGGAGAAGGUACGGCUGCUGAAGAAGAAGGAGGAGAAACCGGAGGAGGAGCCACCUGCUGAGGAGCACAAACCCCAGUCGCUGCAGGAGCUGGUGUCCCACACAGUGGUGCGUUGGGCCCAUGAGGACUUCGUGCAGAGCCCCGAGCUGGUACGGGCCAUGUUCAGCCUCCUGCACCGGCAGUACGAUGGGCUCGGGGAGCUGCUGCGUGCCCUGCCCCGGGCCUAUACUAUCUCACCCUCCUCCGUGGAGGACACCAUGAGCCUGCUUGAGUGCCUUGGCCAGAUCCGGUCCCUGCUCAUCGUGCAGAUGGGCCUCCAGGAGGAAAACCUCAUGAUCCAGAGCAUUGGGAACAUCAUGAACAACAAAGUCUUCUACCAACACCCGAACCUGAUGCGGGCGCUGGGCAUGCAUGAGACAGUCAUGGAGGUCAUGGUGAAUGUCCUUGGGGGUGGCGAAUCCAAGGAGAUCCGCUUCCCCAAGAUGGUGACCAGCUGCUGCCGCUUCCUCUGCUACUUCUGCCGCAUCAGCCGGCAGAACCAGCGCUCCAUGUUUGACCACCUGAGCUACCUGCUGGAGAACAGCGGCAUUGGCCUGGGCAUGCAGGGCUCCACGCCCCUGGAUGUGGCAGCUGCCUCCGUCAUCGACAACAACGAGCUGGCCUUGGCGUUGCAGGAGCAGGAUCUGGAGAAGGUGGUGUCCUACCUGGCAGGCUGUGGCCUCCAAAGCUGCCCCAUCCUCCUGGCCAAGGGGUACCCAGACAUCGGCUGGAACCCCUGCGGCGGCGAGCGCUACCUGGACUUCCUGCGCUUUGCCGUCUUCGUCAACGGUGAGAGCGUGGAGGAGAAUGCCAAUGUGGUGGUGCGUCUGCUGAUCCGCAAGCCUGAGUGCUUUGGGCCUGCCCUGCGGGGCGAGGGCAGCUCGGGGCUGCUGGCCACCAUCGAAGAGGCCAUCCGCAUCUCCGAGGACCCCGCGAGGGAUGGCCCAGGAGUCCGCAGGGACCGGCGGCGUGAGCUCUUCGGGGAGGAGCCCCCCGAGGAAAACCGGGUGCACCUUGGACAUGCCAUCAUGUCCUUCUACGCUGCCUUGAUCGACCUGCUGGGACGCUGUGCACCGGAGAUGCAUCUAAUCGAAGCCGGCAAAGGCGAGGCCCUGCGGAUCCGCGCCAUCCUGCGCUCCCUCGUGCCCCUGGACGACCUCGUGGGCAUCAUCAGCCUCCCACUGCAGAUCCCCACCCUGGGCAAAGAUGGGGCACUGGUACAGCCAAAGAUGUCGGCAUCCUUUGUGCCGGACCACAAGGCGUCGAUGGUGCUCUUCCUGGACCGCGUGUAUGGCAUCGAGAACCAGGAGUUCUUGCUGCAUGUGCUAGACGUGGGUUUCCUGCCCGACAUGCGGGCGGCCGCCUCGCUGGACACGGCCACUUUCAGCACCACGGAGAUGGCGCUAGCGCUGAACCGUUACCUGUGCCUGGCGGUGCUGCCGCUCAUCACCAAGUGUGCGCCCCUCUUUGCGGGAACCGAGCAUCGCGCCAUCAUGGUGGACUCCAUGCUUCACACGGUGUACCGCCUGUCCCGCGGCCGAUCGCUCACCAAGGCGCAGCGCGACGUCAUCGAGGAAUGCCUGAUGGCGCUCUGCAGGUACAUCCGCCCGUCCAUGCUGCAGCACCUGCUGCGGCGCCUGGUGUUCGACGUGCCCAUCCUUAACGAGUUCGCCAAGAUGCCGCUCAAGCUCCUCACCAACCACUAUGAGCGUUGUUGGAAGUACUACUGCCUCCCCACAGGCUGGGCCAACUAUGGGGUCACCUCGGAGGAAGAGCUGCACCUCACCCGUAAACUCUUCUGGGGCAUCUUUGACUCUCUGGCCCAUAAGAAAUAUGACCCAGAGCUGUACCGCAUGGCUAUGCCCUGCCUGUGUGCCAUCGCAGGGGCCCUGCCCCCCGACUACGUGGAUGCCUCAUAUUCAUCCAAGGCUGAGAAAAAGGCCACGGUGGACGCCGAAGGCAACUUUGAUCCUCGGCCUGUGGAGACCCUCAAUGUGAUCAUCCCAGAGAAGCUGGACUCCUUCAUUAACAAGUUUGCGGAGUACACACACGAGAAGUGGGCCUUCGACAAGAUCCAGAACAACUGGUCCUAUGGGGAGAACAUAGAUGAGGAACUGAAGACCCAUCCCAUGCUGAGGCCCUACAAGACGUUUUCGGAGAAGGACAAAGAGAUUUACCGCUGGCCCAUCAAGGAGUCCUUGAAGGCCAUGAUUGCCUGGGAAUGGACGAUAGAGAAAGCCAGGGAGGGUGAGGAGGAGAAGACGGAGAAGAAAAAAACCCGGAAGAUAUCCCAAAGUGCCCAGACCUAUGAUCCACGGGAAGGCUACAACCCCCAGCCCCCCGACCUCACCGGAGUUACCCUGUCCCGGGAGCUGCAGGCCAUGGCAGAGCAACUGGCGGAAAAUUACCACAACACAUGGGGACGGAAGAAGAAACAGGAGCUGGAAGCCAAGGGUGGUGGGACGCACCCCCUGCUGGUUCCCUACGACACGCUCACGGCCAAGGAGAAGGCACGAGAUAGAGAGAAGGCCCAGGAGCUGCUGAAGUUCCUGCAGAUGAACGGCUACGCGGUCACCAGGGGCCUUAAGGACAUGGAACUGGACACGUCUUCCAUUGAGAAACGGUUCGCCUUCGGCUUCCUGCAGCAGUUGCUCCGCUGGAUGGACAUUUCUCAGGAGUUUAUCGCCCAUCUGGAGGCUGUGGUCAGCAGUGGACGAGUGGAAAAGUCCCCUCAUGAACAGGAGAUUAAAUUCUUUGCCAAGAUCCUGCUGCCUUUGAUCAACCAGUACUUCACCAACCACUGUCUCUAUUUCCUGUCCACACCAGCCAAAGUGCUGGGCAGUGGUGGCCACGCCUCCAACAAGGAGAAGGAAAUGAUCACCAGCCUCUUCUGCAAGCUUGCCGCUCUUGUCCGUCACCGAGUCUCUCUCUUUGGGACGGAUGCCCCAGCUGUGGUCAACUGUCUUCAUAUCCUGGCACGCUCCCUGGAUGCCAGGACCGUGAUGAAGUCUGGCCCCGAGAUCGUGAAGGCUGGCCUCCGUUCCUUCUUUGAGAGUGCCUCGGAGGACAUCGAGAAGAUGGUGGAGAACCUGCGGCUAGGCAAGGUGUCGCAGACACGCACGCAGGUGAAGGGUGUGGGCCAGAACCUCACCUACACCACCGUGGCCCUGCUGCCUGUGCUCACCACCCUCUUCCAGCACAUCGCCCAGCACCAGUUUGGAGACGAUGUUAUCCUGGAUGAUGUCCAGGUCUCUUGCUACCGAACGCUGUGCAGUAUCUACUCUUUGGGAACCACCAAGAACCCUUACGUGGAAAAGCUUCGGCCAGCCCUGGGCGAGUGCCUCGCCUGCCUGGCAGCGGCCAUGCCGGUGGCGUUCCUGGAACCGCAGCUGAACGAGUAUAACGCCUGCUCAGUGUACACCACGAAGUCUCCCCGGGAGCGGGCCAUCUUGGGGCUCCCAAACAGCGUGGAGGAGAUGUGUCCUGACAUCCCGGUGCUGGAGCGGCUCAUGGCAGACAUCGGGGGGCUGGCUGAGUCGGGGGCCCGCUACACAGAGAUGCCGCACGUCAUCGAGAUCACGCUGCCCAUGCUGUGCAGCUACCUGCCCCGCUGGUGGGAGCGCGGACCCGAGGCACCCCCGCCUGCCCUGCCUGCAGGGGCCCCUCCCCCCUGCACAGCCAUCACUUCCGACCAUCUCAACUCCCUGCUGGGGAACAUCCUGCGGAUCAUCGUCAACAACCUGGGCAUUGACGAGGCCUCGUGGAUGAAGCGGCUGGCUGUGUUUGCCCAGCCCAUCGUGAGCCGGGCCCGCCCUGAGCUCCUGCACUCACACUUCAUCCCCACCAUCGGGCGGCUGCGCAAGCGGGCAGGGAAGGUGGUGUCCGAGGAGGAGCAGCUGCGCCUAGAGGCCAAGGCGGAAGCUGAGGAGGGCGAGCUCCUGGUGCGGGAUGAGUUCUCUGUACUCUGCCGGGACCUGUACGCCCUCUACCCGCUGCUCAUCCGCUACGUGGACAACAACAGGGCACACUGGCUGACCGAGCCCAAUCCCAAUGCGGAGGAGCUGUUCAGGAUGGUGGGCGAGAUCUUCAUCUACUGGUCCAAGUCCCACAACUUUAAGCGCGAAGAGCAGAACUUUGUGGUCCAGAAUGAGAUCAACAACAUGUCAUUUCUGACUGCAGACAGCAAGAGCAAAAUGGCCAAGGUGGGAGAUGUACAGUCAGGUGGCUCAGACCAGGAACGCACCAAGAAGAAGCGCCGGGGGGACCGGUACUCCGUGCAGACGUCGCUGAUUGUGGCCACGCUCAAGAAGAUGCUGCCCAUCGGCCUGAACAUGUGUGCACCCACGGACCAGGAGCUCAUUACACUGGCCAAGACCCGCUAUGCCCUGAAAGACACAGAUGAGGAGGUCCGGGAAUUUCUGCAAAACAACCUUCACCUUCAGGGAAAGGUCGAAGGCUCCCCUUCUCUACGCUGGCAGAUGGCCUUGUACCGGGGCCUCCCGGGCCGCGAGGAGGACGCUGACGACCCGGAGAAAAUCGUGCGCAGAGUCCAGGAAGUGUCUGCAGUGCUCUAUCAUCUGGAGCAGAUCGAGCACCCUUAUAAGUCCAAGAAGGCCGUGUGGCACAAGCUCUUGUCCAAGCAGCGCCGGAGGGCGGUCGUCGCCUGUUUCCGCAUGACCCCCCUGUACAACCUGCCCACGCAACGGGCCUGUAACAUGUUUGUGGAGAGCUACAAGGCGGCGUGGAUCCUGACUGAAGACCACAGUUUCGAGGGCCGCAUGAUAGAUGACCUUUCAAAAGCUGGUGAGCAGGAAGAGGAGGAGGAAGAGGUGGAGGAGAAGAAGCCAGACCCCCUGCACCAGCUCGUCCUGCACUUCAGCCGUACCGCCCUGACUGAGAAGAGCAAACUGGAAGAAGAUUACUUGUAUAUAGCGUAUGCCGAUAUCAUGGCAAAGAGCUGCCACCUGGAGGAGGGAGGGGAGAACGGCGAAGCUGAAGAAGAGGAGAUUGAGCUUUCCUUUGAGGAGAAAGAGAUGGAGAAGCAGAGGCUCCUGUACCAGCAGGCGCGGCUGCACAACCGGGGCACCGCGGAGAUGGUGCUUCAGAUGAUCAGUGCCUGCAAAGGAGAGACGGGCGCCAUGGUGUCCUCCACCCUGAAGCUGGGCAUCUCCAUCCUGAAUGGAGGCAAUGCCGAUGUGCAGCAGAAAAUGCUGGAUUACCUGAAGGACAAGAAGGAAGUUGGCUUCUUCCAGAGUAUCCAGGCGCUGAUGCAAACCUGCAGUGUCCUGGAUCUCAAUGCCUUCGAGAGACAGAACAAGGCAGAGGGGCUGGGCAUGGUGAACGAGGAUGGAACCGUCAUCAACCGCCAGAACGGAGAGAAGGUCAUGGCAGAUGAUGAAUUCACCCAAGACCUGUUCCGAUUCCUGCAACUGCUCUGCGAGGGGCACAAUAACGAUUUCCAAAACUACCUACGGACACAGACAGGGAAUACAACCACUAUUAAUAUCAUCAUCUGUACUGUGGACUACCUCCUGCGGCUUCAGGAAUCCAUCAGCGACUUCUACUGGUACUACUCGGGCAAGGAUGUCAUUGAGGAGCAGGGCAAGAGGAACUUUUCCAAGGCCAUGUCUGUGGCUAAACAGGUGUUCAACAGCCUCACCGAAUACAUUCAGGGGCCCUGCACCGGGAACCAGCAGAGUCUAGCGCACAGCCGCCUCUGGGACGCCGUGGUGGGAUUCCUGCACGUGUUUGCCCACAUGAUGAUGAAGCUCGCUCAGAUGACAUCUAUCCAGGGCAUCCAUGAUUCUUGUCUCUCUGCCUUUUCCCCUGCUUCCGAGGAACAUGUCGGGACUCGGGUCCCCUCGGAGGACUCGAGCCAGAUCGAGCUGUUGAAGGAGCUGCUGGAUCUACAGAAGGACAUGGUGGUGAUGUUGCUGUCACUACUAGAAGGGAACGUGGUGAACGGCAUGAUUGCCCGGCAGAUGGUGGACAUGCUUGUGGAAUCCUCAUCCAACGUGGAGAUGAUCCUCAAGUUCUUCGACAUGUUCCUGAAACUCAAGGACAUUGUGGGCUCUGAGGCCUUCCAGGACUACGUCACUGACCCCCGUGGCCUCAUCUCCAAGAAGGACUUCCAGAAGGCCAUGGACAGCCAGAAGCAGUUCACUGGUCCAGAAAUCCAGUUCCUGCUUUCGUGCUCCGAAGCGGAUGAGAACGAGAUGAUCGACUGCGAGGAGUUUGCCAACCGCUUCCAGGAGCCAGCCCGCGACAUCGGCUUCAACGUGGCCGUGCUGCUCACCAACCUGUCGGAGCACGUGCCUCACGACCCGCGCCUGCGCAACUUCCUCGAGCUGGCCGAGAGCAUCCUCGAGUACUUCCGACCCUACCUGGGCCGCAUCGAGAUCAUGGGCGCCUCCCGCCGCAUCGAGCGUAUCUACUUCGAGAUCUCGGAGACCAACCGCGCCCAGUGGGAGAUGCCCCAGGUGAAGGAGUCGAAGCGUCAGUUCAUCUUCGACGUGGUGAACGAGGGCGGCGAGUCGGAGAAGAUGGAGCUCUUCGUGAGCUUCUGCGAGGACACCAUCUUCGAGAUGCAGAUCGCCGCGCAGAUCUCGGAGACCGAGGGCGGGCCGGGGGAGGACGACGACGAGGGCGCGGGCGCGGCGGAGGCGGGCGCCGAGGGCGCAGAGGAGGGCGCGGCGGGGCCCGAGGGCGCGGCGGGGACGGCGGCGGCGGGCGCGACGGCGCGGCUGGCGGCGGCGGCGGGUCGGGCCCUGCGGGGCCUCAGCUACCGCAGCCUGCGGCGGCGCGUGCGGCGGCUGCGGCGGCUGACGGCGCGCGAGGCCGCGACGGCCGUGGCCGCGCUGCUCUGGGGGGCGCUGGCGCGCGCGGGGUCGGCGGCCGCGGGGGCGGCGGCGGGCGCGCUGCGCCUGCUCUGGGGCUCGCUCUUCGGCGGCGGCCUGGUGGAGGGCGCCAAGAAGGUGACGAUGACCGAGCUCCUGGCGGGCAUGCCCGACCCCACGGGCGACGAGGUGCACGGCGAGCAGCCGGCCGGGCCCGGAGGCGACGUGGACGGCGAGGGUGCGGGCGAAGGCGCGGGCGACUCCGCGGAGGGCGCGGGCGACGAGGAGGUGGCGGCGCAGGAGGUCGGCCCAGGAGGCCCCGACGGGACUGUGGCCGUGGCCGAGGAUGGUCCCUUCCGGCCCGAAGGGGCCGGCGGCCUCGGGGACAUGGGUGACACGACGCCGGCGGAGCCGCCCACGCCCGAGGGCUCCCCCAUCAUCAAGAGGAAGCUGGGGGUGGAUGGAGAGGAAGAGGAGGUACCUCCAGAGCCGGAGCCUGAGAAAGCCGAUGCUGAGAAUGGGGAGAAGAAAGAAGUCCCCGAACCCCCACCAGAACCCCCCAAGAAGACAGCUCCUCCUCCCCCCCCUCCAAAGAAGGAGGGGGCUGGAGGCGGGGACCUGGAAUUCUGGGGAGAACUGGAAGUACAGAGGGUGAAGUUCUUGAACUACCUCUCCCGGAACUUCUACACUCUGCGAUUCCUUGCCCUCUUCUUGGCAUUCGCCAUCAACUUCAUCCUGCUGUUUUAUAAGGUCUCAGACUCUCCACCAGGGGAGGAUGAUGUGGAGAGCUCAGCAGCUGGGGACCUGUCGGGAGCAGGGUCAGGUGGAGGCUCUGGCUGGGGCUCGGGGGCCGGAGAGGAAGCAGAGGGUGACGAGGAUGAGAACAUGGUGUACUACUUCCUGGAGGAGAGCACGGGCUACAUGGAACCUGCCUUGCGUUGCUUGAGCCUUCUGCAUACGCUGGUGGCCUUUCUCUGCAUCAUUGGCUACAACUGUCUCAAGGUGCCCCUGGUGAUCUUUAAGCGGGAGAAGGAACUGGCCCGGAAGCUGGAGUUUGACGGCCUCUACAUCACGGAGCAGCCUGAAGACGAUGACGUGAAGGGGCAGUGGGACCGGCUGGUGCUCAACACUCCGUCUUUCCCCAGCAACUACUGGGACAAAUUUGUCAAGCGGAAGGUCUUGGACAAGCACGGGGACAUCUUUGGGAGGGAGCGGAUCGCCGAGCUCCUGGGCAUGGAUCUGGCCACGCUGGAGAUCACAGCCCACAAUGAGCGCAAGCCUGAACCACCACCGGGGCUGCUCACCUGGCUCAUGUCCAUCGAUAUCAAGUACCAGAUCUGGAAGUUUGGGGUCAUCUUCACAGACAAUUCUUUCCUGUAUCUGGGCUGGUACAUGGUGAUGUCCCUCCUGGGUCACUACAACAACUUCUUCUUUGCCGCCCACCUCCUGGACAUUGCCAUGGGGGUCAAGACGUUGCGCACCAUCCUCUCCUCUGUCACCCACAAUGGGAAACAGCUGGUGAUGACCGUGGGCCUCCUGGCGGUGGUGGUCUACCUGUACACCGUGGUGGCUUUCAACUUCUUCCGCAAGUUCUACAACAAGAGUGAGGAUGAGGACGAGCCUGAUAUGAAGUGUGACGACAUGAUGACGUGUUACCUGUUUCACAUGUAUGUGGGUGUCCGAGCUGGUGGGGGCAUUGGGGACGAGAUUGAGGACCCAGCAGGCGAUGAAUACGAGCUGUACCGGGUGGUCUUCGACAUCACCUUCUUCUUCUUUGUCAUCGUCAUCCUGUUGGCCAUCAUCCAGGGUCUGAUCAUUGACGCUUUUGGUGAGCUCCGAGACCAGCAAGAGCAAGUGAAGGAAGAUAUGGAGACCAAGUGCUUCAUCUGUGGUAUCGGCAGCGAUUACUUUGAUUCAACACCGCAUGGGUUCGAGACUCACACACUAGAGGAGCACAACCUGGCCAAUUACAUGUUUUUCCUGAUGUAUCUGAUAAACAAGGACGAGACCGAACACACGGGUCAGGAGUCUUACGUCUGGAAGAUGUACCAAGAGAGAUGUUGGGAUUUCUUCCCGGCUGGCGAUUGUUUCCGCAAGCAGUAUGAGGACCAGCUUAGCUGAGACACCCCCAGCUGGCCCUUCACCCCCACCUCGAAGGUCCUUAUUCUCACAGCAAGCCCCUUAGCCCCCAAAUCCCUCCCCGCAAGGCGGCUGGGGGAGGGUGACCAUGUACUGGCAAAAUAAAGUCUGUGCUACACCCCUGACAUCAUUGUGCUGGAUUGUUGACAUUGGGGGGUAGGUGGGCAUACAGGAAUUCUGCCCUCCUCUCCCCCGCCAACCCAAGAAAACCAAGACGGCAGCAGAGACUGAAGUCAUGUUU